AGUGGUAUGAUUCUCGCUUUGGGUGCGAGAGGUCCCGAGUUCGAUUCUCGGAAUGCCCCAAUCUUUUUAUUUUCUUUCGCUGGGUUUUGGUUUUACUUCACCAUAAACCUCAAAAAAGCCCUCUUAUGAGCUUCUGCAAAUUUCAUUUGUGUUAUUGGUACUGAAACUCCGAGGCGGUGGCAGGCAAGGAAACAGAGAGGAGAAGAGAAGAUGGCAUAUGGGCAAGUGGUGAUUGGUCCACCUGGAUCAGGCAAGACCACUUACUGCGACGGCAUGUCUCAGUUCCUCAAACUCAUUGGAAGGAAGGUGGCUGUAAUAAAUUUGGAUCCUGCCAAUGAUGCAUUGCCGUAUGAGUGUGCAGUGAAUAUUGAGGACCUCAUAAAACUAAGUGAUGUAAUGGCGGAGCAUUCUCUUGGCCCCAAUGGAGGUCUUGUGUAUUGUAUGGAUUAUCUGGAGAAGAAUAUUGACUGGUUGCAAUCCAAAUUGGAACCCCUUGUUAAAGAUCACUAUCUUCUCUUUGAUUUUCCUGGUCAAGUGGAACUCUUUUUCCUCCAUUCCAAUGCCAAGAAAGUUAUCAUGAAACUCAUAAAAAAGUUGGACCUCAGGUUGACUGCAGUGCACUUAGUCGAUGCCCAUCUUUGCAGUGAUCCUGGGAAGUAUGUGAGUGCAUUGCUUCUCUCACUAUCAACCAUGCUACAUUUGGAGCUUCCACACAUUAAUGUCUUGUCUAAGAUUGAUCUAAUAGAGAGCUAUGGAAAGCUAGCCUUUAAUCUUGACUUCUACACGGAUGUGCAAGAUUUAUCCUUUUUACAUUAUCAUCUUGAUCAAGAUCCUCGUUCAUCAAAGUACAGAAAGCUCACAAAGGAGCUGUGUGAGGUGAUAGAAGAUUACAGCCUUGUCAAUUUUACAACCUUAGAUAUUCAAGAUAAGGAGAGUGUAGGGAACCUCGUGAAGCUGAUAGACAAGAGCAAUGGGUAUAUUUUUGCAGGUAUAGAGGGGAGUGCUGUUGAGUUUAGCAAAAUUGCUGCUGGUCCUCUUGAUUGGGAUUAUUACAGAGUUGCAGCAGUGCAGGAGAAGUACAUGAAGGAUGAAGAGAAUUUUGUACACAAUGACUGAUGAGAGAAAAAGGUGAACCCAAUUCAGUGAUGGAAGAAUCUGAUUACACUGAUCAAAGGAGCAGACACUGGCUUCUGCCUUUCUCACUUUGUCGUUGAGGGUAGCAUGUUUGAUGAAGCAGGGGACUAGUAAACUAUUUGUUGAUUGUCAUCUUCAUAUUAUGUUACUCAGAUCAACAUGAGACCUUUCCUUCGAUAAUAUGGUAAUUAUGAUACAUCUUACAAACA